UAACCACCUCUGAUUUUAUCUCGUCUCUGUGCUCUCAUGUUUGUUGCGUUACUCUGCAGUAUUUGAGCUCCUGACAGGAUGUGUGCGCGCUAUCUUGGAUUUGUGCUUCUGAUUUGGUUUGCAGGAGUGACGCAUGCACAAAAUGAAAAUGUCUGCAGGGCUCCUGUGCUGGAUGGGGGUUAUUAUGUCCCUGAAAAAGAGACUUACUUUCUUAAAGAAGAGCUCACUUACGCUUGUGAUUCUGGACGGAAACCGGUGGUGGAGGGUUGGUGGGCGACAAGCAGAUGUGAAGAUGGGAAUUGGGUUCAUAAACCACAGUGUAUAGCUCAAAAUGCCUGCCUCCCCCCAACAAUACCUCAUGGAAAAUAUGAUAAAGCAAAAGACGGUUGGUACAAAGAACGGGACUCUAUUUUCGUACAAUGUGACGAUGGAUAUGAACGCAAAGACAACCGUAGCCCCAGGUGUAGAAGUGGAACCUGGAGCCCUUUGCCUGUCUGUGAGAGAAGGAGGGAUUCAUGCAGUGAGCCUCCAAAAAUCUCUCAUGCAGUCAUAAUUCAUCAAUACAAGGAGGUGUUUUCUGAAGGUUCAGAAGUGCAGUAUGAAUGUGAAGAAGGUUAUACUCGAGAGGGCAACAAUAUCUUUUGUGAACGUGGACAAUGGACUGCAGGGCCAACAUGCAACGAAUCAUCAGCAGAUCAGGGACCCCCUGCAUCAGACACAGACGUCCAGCCUGAGGGGGGAGACAGAAGAGAAAGUGGAGCUGGCAGUGGUAAACAACCGGAGGGAGCGUUCUGUGUAAUGAAUGCUACUAGAUAUGCUCAUUAUGGUGUUGCAGUAGCUGAACUUGAAAACAUGUGGGAAGGAGAAAAAAAAUAUUUUUCUUGUACUGGAAGACACAGACAUAUAAAGUUCAGUGUGCUAACAGAAGAAUAUAUUUGGCCACAUGCUGUACUGCAUCUCAAUUUCAAUAUUAUCCUGACUGCAUAGAGUCAGAGAACCCUACUGACAGCACAACCUUUCUGAAACACUUCAACCAGAACCUGCAGAGCAACAAUGAAACAUGUUUCUUUUCUUUGUCCAGUUUUGGGGCUGAUUGUUCUUUAAACACCAAACUGUCCAUAAAUGAUUUGAACUUUUCAUGCACUCAGUACAUGAUGUGCACACUGAAUCCAUAAAGUGUCGAUGGCUGGCUGAGGUCUGAAUAAAAUGUUUCAUCAUCA